UAAAAAAAUUAUACAUGUUAAAGUGGGUUUGCCUACACUUAAGACCCAUGCCAACUCAAAGUAACAGAAGUUGAAGUCCACAAAAAGGAGCAGCCCAAAUCCAGGCCCAGUGCCAUCAUCAUCCCCAGCUCGCUCGAGCAGCCGGAUUCCACUAGCCCAAAUCCAGGCCCAGCUCUUUCUCUCUCUCUCUCUAAUUUGUGGUCGAGUCAUUCACCGAGUCAUAGAGCUAUUCCGCCAUGAAAGAAGACCAAGACUAAUACCGAGAAGCCGCUACCGGCGAAAAGCGAAAGCUGGAAGACAGCAGCAUCAGCAUCCUACUGGCCAAGCAGAAAGCUCAGGAAAUUGCUGCCUGACUUGUUAGCGACGCCGAGUCAAAGCGUCCUCGAGUGGAGGUGGAAACAUGCACCACCAAUUCACAUCGACCCCACAAACCUGGUCCUUGAGCUUGCUCAUUCCUCUUAUCCACAAUUGGAGACGUUUGCCGUCUUCUCUGUCUUUGCCGCUGUCAACUCCUCCCGCGGAGUGUUCCUUCUUCAUCUCCACCGAUGGAGACAUUUGCAGCACUACAAGAAAAAAAAAAACACAACGGAGAUCUCACCAAAACGCAGCAGCAAAUCUCCUUCCCACAGCUUCCUGCAGCCUCUUGGGUGUCUAAAGAAGUUUUCGACAUCUCUCUUUCUCUCUUCAGAGAUGCAACGGAGAAGAAACCAUCAUCCUCCAUGUUUGAACAAGUGGAGAAGAAGAACCCAUCGUGCCCAGCGAUGGUCUCGAAACCCGCCGAUGAUGCAAGGACGGUUUCGAACAAAACAACAGCAGUGACGGACGAACAAGCAGCAGCCUUUCCUUCUUUGCAUAACGCUGCAGCAACCGCCGACGUCAGGCAGAAGCCCAAACAGAGACAGCAGCUACGCCAUGUCUUUGCCGUCAUCAACACCCUGCAACUUGUGAUGUCCAACGAAGAUUUCACCAAAACACAGCAGCAAACCGUCUUCCCACAGCUUCCUGUAGCCUCUUGGGUGUCUAAAGAAGUUUUCGACAUCUCUCUUUCUCUUUUCGAAUUCCAGUUUAAAUUAGGAAUUGGAAAAAAAAAAAAAAAGCUCCAACAAACAAAGAUGAUUCGUGAUGUUAGUCGAAGACCCUUCUGCCGCAUCUCAGCCUGCAGCAUAUGGACAAGGAUUUCUGAUCCACUAGCGACAAAUCCACCAAACCCCGAGCCGUCUCCGUCUUCGUUGAGCUCUUCGUCCAUGCUCUCCAUUCUACCCAUCUACCCCAGUAAGAUCUUCAUGUUGUUGUAUGGGCAGUUUGUCUCUCUCUAAGGUUGAGCAGCGCGCCCUUCUCCCUUCGAUCAUUGACCUUCUCACGGCUGUGCUCCAUCUUCAAGCUCUUCGAACUCCGCUGCUUCAGCUCUCCAAACUCCAUAGUCGCAGCAACAGCAUCCACUAACUACCUCAAGCUCCUCACUCCGGCCACCGUGGUCAAAAUCGGCGAAGAACUUUAGUGACCGCUGUCAAACGACUAGCCGAUCGUGAAGCUCGACGCUUUGCACUACUUCAAGCUCUGGCUGCUUCUGCACUUCCGCCAUGGUCGCUACCUGUGAAUGUGAUUAACAAAACCAAAGUUUGUCAACUCACAUCUGCUUGCCUCUGCUGCUGCCUUUGAAUGUGAUUGACAAAACCAAAGUUUGUCAACUCACACCCAAAGACUUUCUCCGUCUCUUACCUCCUACUACUCCAAGCUCCUCUGCAUUUCCUCCCUGCACCAUGUGGGGAAUAUAUAUAUAAAAAAAAUUAUUAUUAAAAGAAAAAAAAAAAAGGACACGCCAGUCUGGAAAGAAGAAGAAAUGGUGGAAUCUUGGUGGAUCAGCGCCACCGAAA